CCUCAGAGGCUGCUGCUCAUCAUGAAUUGGAAGAAAACAUUAAUAAUGAUUCUUCGGUCGAAAAUUCCGCCGUAUGUUUUCGGUUAUCUCUCGAUUUAUUCAUCUUAGCAAUAAUUAAAUCUUUUGAAUUAAAUCAAAUGUCUACCAGGUGGUUGGAACAAAAUCGGUCGAUCCUCCUCGUACAACACCGAAAAGCUCGAUGAAAUCUCGAAUCAGAGCUUUGAUCACCGAAGAAAUGUCUCGAAGAAGGGGCCGACAUCGCAGAAGUUCGUCUUACCCGAUUAGAUCAAAUCAUCUAGAAUCUUCCCAUCCUCGUAAUAAUAACAUUACUAAUAAUACCAAUACUAAUACUAAUAAUAAAAAUAAUAAUAAUAAUCCGGCCGAGGAUUUAUACGAGAGUGUGCAUUCAACCGCAUCAUUAGCACAAGAAGGUGGAAACAGUAACAGAUCAUGUGAAUACUGUGACACAAUGCUUAAUGUUAAAUACUUGAAGCAAAAUGAGGUCAACAAUAAAGCGGUUAGACAGCCGAUUAAAGACCAAACCCCCGUUCCCGACAAGUUAAUCUACGCGGUCGAGCCGAGAAGCAAACACGACUCGUUACAAGAAUCGAAGCUUUUUAUGGACGCCCUAGAUUUGCUCAACAUGCGAAAAGAGGUUUUCUUGAAAAUAUUACAAGACCCCACUUCUUCAUUAGCCCAUCAGCUGCAUUUCAGACGGACAAACAAUUCGAAGAUCGGAUUAACCAAGUCCGUCUCUUUUCCAGUUUCCGGUUCCUCUUCGACCAGAAAAGAUAUUACGAAAUCCGAAAACACAAAAGAGGAAGACGAUGAACUGCAGAGCUGCAUUGAAAUGACCGAAGAGUCGAAGAAGCAUUACGAAUCGUUGAGAUUGACCAAGAAUAGUAAUCCAGAGCAGUUCUUGAGAGAGAUGGAACUUUCCGAAAACCCUUCUUCUCCCACUUCGGACAAGAACACUCUGAAGAAAAGGCACGAUAAUAAGGUUGUCCUAAAACGAUUCAAGAAUCUCCGAGAGAAGCUGAAACACGUUAUUCGAGAUCGGAAAAAGGAGAAGAAUCGUAUUAUAAUGGAUGCGGUUCAUCAUAAAAUUCCUUACGGUAGUUACGAAGACGGUAGCUGUGGCAGCAACCAAUUAGGUUCUUCCGAUUAUUGCAAAAGAACGUCUUCAUUUAAAAGAACAUCCUCGUUUAACGAGUCGUUAGACAGGUACAAUAAGUUAAUCGAGAUUAGUUUGAACAAUAAAGAAACAUUGAAAGACCAAGUUUCGGAUAGAUUAAGGUUUAGAACAGCGGAUAAUAGUAACCUCUCGCCUAUCCCGACCCGACCCGCCAGCCUGGCGAGGAUUCUUUCGCUACCGGAUCUUAGAUUUUACUCUUCACUUCAGAUUGAUGAUUCUAGUUGCUAUCAUACGCCGGAUGUGUCUGUUCACGCAGAAAAUUCGAGUAUGGGGAAUUAUAUCAGCCUCAUUAGUGAACAAAAGUCAAGUCAACAAAACUUGUUAGACGAGACUUUCGACGAUUCCGAUUCGAAGACGUGGGAGAGUGCUUCGUCACAUGAUCUCAAUAUCGAACCUCUGCCCGUUUCUUCCGAUCUUCAGACGUUAAAAUCGGAUCAUGUUUCUGAAAAUGAUACGUUUAGUUAUAACGAGGAGGAUGAAAUAAUCUGCCAAGAGCUCGAUUUGUACGAGUCACGAGAUGGAAAACAUGACAUUUUUCAUGUGGAUACUUGGAAUAAAGCCGACUUCAACUACGUAAAGGACAUUUUAGAACUUUCCGGAUUCAGCAGGGACGAGAUUCUAGGGAAAUGGUACUCCGCGGAGCACCCCGUGGACCCUAUGGUGUACGACGAAGUGGAAGGUUACGAAGAAGGCGGUGGAAUGAACUUCGAUCAUCUUCUACUUUUCGAUUUAAUCAACGAGGUGUUGUUGGAUAUUUACGAGAGGUCAUUUUGCUAUUGGCCGAGGCCGUUGACUAGUAGGUCCCGCAUGCACCGGAUGCCCAAGGGGUACCGUGUGCUGGAGGAGGUUUGGGGGGAGAUACGGCGGCUGAUGAGUUUGAGGGCUGAGAUCGAUCAGGCGAUAGACGAUGCGGUGAGUCGGGAUUUAAUGGAUGGGCGCGACGGUUGGAUGAAUCUGCAGUUGGAUGGUGAGUGUGUGGGGCUUGAGUUGGAGGAUUUGAUAUUUGAUGAUCUUAUUGAAGAGGUUAUUUGGAGUUGAGUACUUAAUUAUAACUUAAUUAAUUGGUAGUAAUUACUACUAGGACAAUUGUUGUUAGUUGCAGCAUGAUAUAUAUACUAGGAAAGUAGUGUGUUGGAUUUUUGACAGUUUCUGAUAAAUUUGAUGUAUGUAGUGUACAGAUUGAAGUAUGUAAUUAAUCACAAUUAGCCACUUGGGUUAAUUAGAGUGUGUAGUUGAAGUGGAGAGGCAAAAGCCUUGCAAGAAUGAGUUGCAGACUUGCAGGUGU